UAUUGGUCUUAAAGAGAAAUACCAUACGUUCAGCUUGAGGAAAUGGACAGGCACGGCUGAAAUGACCCUAUGUAACCCUUCUUCCACAUAUUCUCGUGAGAGUGUGACGAUGACAGAGAACCGAACCAAGUGACCAAGGGUACAAUAUGAUUGGUUGGCGACAACUAAUUACGUGAAUGUUUUCAAUUCAGAAGAAAAAGAUAGACCAGGGGACAAUUUGACCAACUAUAGCAUUGCGACUAUUGCGUUGGAAGUGACGGAUUCAGGAUCAUUGGUAAUAUUAAGCUGUCCUCAAAUUCUCGGGCCAUUGGAAUAAAAUAUAUUCUUGAAACGUUUUAUAACACCGUUCUUUCGCCCGUUGUAAUCAACUCUCGCGCAGUACUCAUGACAAGCACAGACCACGUCCCGCCUUACCUGCCGUUGGUGCCUUCGGAAUGUGGAUUCCCCAAAGAAUUCCUGAUUUCUAACCAACCAACAAGCAGUCUUCAGCGUGCUAUGGACCCUGAUCAGCCGUUGGAUUUUUCCACAAAGAACGUUAGAACUCGUAAUAAGUUGUCUUCUAUAUUUGAGGCUCAAGGCCGCAGUUUCAGCGACACCCCGAUUCAAACCGGACAAAACAGAACAGCUGAACAACUAAAAGGUGCCGAGUCAUUUGCUCCUUCAGCUGCCAAUCUAGAGCGUAACCACAAGAUGAACCCAUCUUCACAUUUCCAAUCCAACGAAGAACGGAAGCUUAUGGAACACUUACCAGCAAUGAAAGAUCAGUCUGCUUCUCUGAACAAUUUGUUAUCUUCUGAAAUAUCCUUAUCAGACAUAAAUACGGCUACCCCUUUGGUCUUACCCAACUCUACUGUGGAAUACAAAAAACACAAGAAAUUCUCCAGACAAUCCAGGGCUUAUCCCCCAAAUCCUCUGAGUGUGUCGUCUAUUCAGGGAUAUUACAAUUAUCCUUUCCACUCCCCACUAACUGCUGACGCUGUGGCCCAUAAACCAUUUCUUUCAGGCGCCUCCGAACAAGCCUAUCUUCAAUUCAGACAGCAGAUGUUAAAAAUAUAUAAUAUGCAGGAUUGUCAAAGGUCCAGUUCACCGCCACAGAAUACAGGACAGAGCGACAAUUUUGAAGUAAAAUCUAGCUCACAAAGUGAGUGUUCUGCUACAGUCGUAGCUUCGGAACUUUCAAAUUCCGAGGCUGUAAACACAAACACCGAUUCUUCGGAAGUUGCUAGAACUGACACAAGCACUUAUUCAAUGGUCGCGUCCUCGAUAACUACAGGAACUACGACUAUUGCUACAGCUACUGGUACGAACUCAACAUCUGACGUUAGCUUAGACGGAAGUUUGGAUAACAGUAAAACUACAGCAAUCAAUUAUACAGUUUCAAGUGAUUCUGGCGCAUCAACACCGACAGAGCCACUCGGCCAGUCCAACUUCCGAAAAAGAAGCCGGUCUUUAACAGAAGAACAGAAGGACGAUGCCUACUGGGAGAGAAGACGAAAAAACAAUGAAGCUGCGAAGAGGUCACGAAAUGCUAGAAGAGCAAAAGAAUACGAAAUUGGCAUCAGGGCCGCUUACCUAGAACAGGAAAAUUUGAAACUUAGAAUAGAAGUUGCCUCCUUAAAAAACGAGACUGUAAAACUAAGGUGUUUGCUGUAUAAUAGUUGA